GUUUCUAUCUAAAACUACACCACGUGAUUAUGGCAGGUUUUUUAUUUAUUAAAUUAUUUCAAAAUGGAACGGUUGAGCAUCGAAAUUAAAAAUAUUUAUCUUUUUCCAUCAUAAAUACUAAUACAAUUCUAGAUACUUAUCGUACAAUAACCCUCUUCUAAGUUUUUUUGUUUUAGUGAAUGAUGAACGUCGACAUCGAGAAUGUUUGUGAAAAAUUGGAUAUCUUAAUGCUUCAUAUCUUGAAACUAACAGAAGAAAAAAUAUCUGUUACCCUUCAAUUAGAAAAUCAAAUGAAAGAAGGGUUCAUAGAACUAGCAAAAGCUCGAUAUAUUCGAGGAAAAGAAAGUGUUGGACUAAUUCAAGUACCACAAGAUACUCCAAUAUCUUCUUUAUUGGAUUUGGAAUUAAGUUUUAAUAAAAAUCCAUCCAUUCCACAUUUUGAUAUUCGCAUGAAAAAUAAAGAAGAAAAUGUAGAACACCAAGAUCCUAUUCGGUGGUUUGGAGUUUUAGUGCCACAAAGUUUAAAAACAUCUCAAAAAAGAUUUCAAGAGAGUAUUUAUCUUUCUGUAAGAAUGGCUAAUAUUGUAGCAGAAUUAACUAAGCUUAACGAAGAUUUUGAAAUAGCAAAAAAAUUGAAAAAUAGAUUACUUACUAAUCUUGAAGAAUAAAACGUAAAUUUCCAUAAUGAUUUAAAAAAA